AUGUCAAAGAUCCUCAAAAAGGCUCUCAAGAGAGUGUCUUGGAGACCAUCGGAGGGCUCUCAGUACCCUGUAACGACGCCGGAGGUUCCCACUUCGGACCAGGGCGCUGUAGGAAAUGGGCGGAUUGGGAAUGGGAACUCGACAUCUCACCUUCACGGGGUUUUCGAGGUAGAGAGGCCAGAGGAGGAGGAAGAACAGGAAGAUCGCAUCACGCUCGCCAUAAUCGGUGCUGGACAACGAGGCAGG